AUGGACACCUUUCAUAGCGACCCUUAUUCCAGGAGCAGCUUGCAACUACAAGUUAGGGAUGGCUCCAUGUCCUUUGAGAACAAUAGCACAGUUUUGGAUAAGCAUGAGGUUGUCAGCCCUCGAGUUGGCAUGACCUUUGAGACGGUUGAUCUGGCAUAUCAAUUCUACCUAGAGUAUGGCUAUUGUGCAGGCUUUGGGGUCUCAAAGAGGACCUCCCACAGUGUUGAUGGGGUUAAAUACCGUGCUACAUUUGUUUGUUACAAAGGUGGCAUUGCUAGGAUUAAGCCUGGCCUCAAAGCUCGAAGGAGGCUUGUUGCAAAGACUGGUUGCAAAGCAAUGAUGGUAGUGAAGUUUAAUGCCAGUGAGAACCAUUGGGAAGUGGUUUUUGUUGAGUUGGAACAUAACCACCCAUGCAAUCCUGAGAUGGUCAGAUUCAUGAUGUGCUUUAAAGAUCUUCCUGACUGGCAAAGGGAGCACCGCCCAUUCAAUGCCAAAACUCGAUUGAACCCGAAGAUUCACUCUGGUAGAGGCAGGCCACCCAACCAAAACAAAGAUUUCAUGGUGAAAUCCUUCUCCCAGUCAAAUUAUUCCAUUGAUGGGGCAGGGAAGACUGGAAAGUUGAGGUUUGCAGAGGGUGAUGUUGAGGCACUCUUAGUUUUUUUUGAUAAGAUGCAAGCUCAAAACUCCAACUUCUUCUACAACUGGGACAUGGAUGAUGAAGGUCGGCUCAAGAAUGUUUGCUGGGUUGAUGCUAGAUCCAGAGUUGCAUAUCAACAUUUUUGUGAUGUUAUUUGCUUUGAUACUGUCUAUUUGACAUAUCAGUUUGUCAUUCCAUUGGUCGCGUUUCUGGGAAUCAACCAUCAUGGGCAGUUUGUGUUGUUAGGAUGUGGUCUACUUGGAGACGAGUCUCCAGAGACUUUUGCAUGGUUAUUCAAAAAAUGGCUAAAAUGUAUGAAUGAUAAAGAACCAGAAGCAAUUGUUACGACUCAUUCAAGGCCAGUAGUCAAAGCUGUCAAUGAAGUAUUUCCAAAUACUCGGCACAGAUACAACCUUUGGCAUAUAAUGAAAGAACUUCCUGAAAUGUCUGGAAGAGUUGAGGAUAAAGAAGCAGUCAGUCUGAGAAUGAAAAAAGUAGUCUAUGAUACAAUUACAUCAGCUGAUUUUGAGAGGGAGUGGGUUGAAAUGAUCAAUCAAUAUAAUCUUCAUGAUAACCAGUGGCUUACAACCUUGUUUGAAGAGAGGGCAAAAUGGGUACCAACAUAUGUAAAGGAUACUUUCUGGGCUGGUAUCUCCACUGUUCGUCGUAGUGAACGAUUGGAGUCCUUUUUUGAUGGAUAUAUUACACCAGAAACCACAAUAAAGACAUUCAUUGAACAAUUCGAUACUGCUAUGAAGCUCAGGUCUGAUCGAGAAGCCUAUGAUGAUUUCCGUUCAUUUCAACAAAGGCCACAAGUCCUGUCUGGUCUUCUGUUUGAGGAGCAAUUUGCAAAUGUUUAUACAAUAAAUAUGUUCCAGAAAUUCCAGGAUCAGUUGAAGCAGCUGAUGAAUGUGAAUUGCACUGAAGUCAGUAGGAAUGGCUCAAUAGCGACAUACACGGUAACCGUAAUUGGAAAGGAGAGGAAGUUUGACUACAGAGUGAUGUAUAACAGUGCUGAGAAAGAAGUGUGGUGCAUCUGUAGGUCAUUCCAAUUUAAAGGUAUUUUGUGUAGCCAUGCUCUUGCUGUCUUGAAGCAAGAGCUUGUGAUGCUAAUACCUCCCAAAUAUAUUCUUGAUCGAUGGCGGAAGGACUACAAAUGCCCCGAGGAACCUAAGGAAACCCCCAUCUCACUGAAAGCUGCUAAAGAUACAGGGAAGAGCUCAAAACCAGAAAACAUUCGGGAAGAUCAAGCGGACAAUCUCUACAAGCAUGGACACCGGUACUUUGCUGACAUUGUGGAAAUGGGAGCUACUGACCCUGAUGCGAUGGAGUACGUCCUUUCUGUGAUGAAAGAAGCUAAAGAGAAAGUGCGCAAGUUUGAGGAGUCUCGAAAAGAGAAAAGGCCUGGAGAGAGUCCAGUUUCUGCUGGUAAAAACGGUGCAAAGUUUUCGAAGCCAUCCACAGAAGAAGUUGGCAAUGGAACAUCAGUUUCGACUCCGACUGAAGCAGUGGCUUCAGUCACGGUGGUGUCAUCUGCUCAAAUGGCGGCAGCCCCAACUCUGAUGACUAUGGCGCCACCUUCAGCAGCUGUGGCCCCAGGAAUGUUUUUAGUACCAAUGCAUCCUCAUCCCUUGGUGUUCCCACCCUUUCCCCCUGCAGUUCCACCAGCAGUAGCUCCUGUAGCCGCACCUGCUGCUCCAGCAACCAAUGUUGCCUCCAACACCUCAAAGAAGCGGAAGAAAAGAAAGGGGAAUAAUUGA